AUCAGUCAUCCUUUAGGAAAGCCACUCAGCUCUUGAGCUGAACUCCCUAUCCUUACAGCAAACGGAUGACGCUUGCAACCGCGCCAAGGCCGCCGCCGCAACUUCUUCCAUCUAGAACCACAAACAUCCCAAACGCUCCUUCACCCGACCACCACAGCCGCAUCCUCAUCUCUUUGAAACAAUGCACCCACAUGUCUCAGCUCAAACAAAUUCACGCCCAGACCCUCCGUUCCACUUCACCUUACCAUCCCCAAACCUUCCUUUUAUACUCUCAGAUCCUCCAUUUCUCUUCUUUCCUUGACUUCAACUACGCUCUUAAACUUUUCCAACAAAUCGAAAAUCCCAAUUCCUUCAUGUGGAACACUCUCAUAAGAGCCUGUGCCCAUAACGUUAACAACAAAGAACAAUCCUUACGGCUUUAUUUGGAGAUGCUAGAGCAAGCUGUGGUUCUUCCAGAUAAGCAUACUUUCCCAUUUGUUUUGAAAGGUUGCGCUUACUUGUCUGCUUUCUCCGAAGGGAAACAGGUUCAUGCCCAUGCUUUGAAACAUGGGUUCGGUUCCGAUGUUUAUGUAAACAACAGUUUGAUUCAUUUCUAUGCAAGUUGUGGGUGUUUGGACUUGGCUGAAAAAGUGUUUGUUAAAAUGUCUGAAAGAAGCUUGGUUUCCUGGAAUGUUUUGCUUGAAGGUCUUGUCCAGUUUGGUAAGUUUAAUAGCGCUUUAAACUUGUUCGGGGAAUUGCGCAAGACGUUCGAUCCUGAUGGGUAUACGCUGCAAAGUGUAAUAAGUGCUUGUGCUGGUCUUGGCUUGUCUUUGGGUGCAUGGGUUCAUGCUUAUUUGUUGAAAAUGUGUGAUUUCGACAUGUCUAUUAAUGUGCUGAUAAACAAUUCAUUGGUGGAUAUGUAUUGCAAAUGUGGUUCUUUGGAAUUAGCUCGGCAGGUUUUCGAGGGGAUGCCGAAACGUGAUUUAACUUCGUGGAAUCAUAUGAUCCGAGGAUUCGCAAUGCACGGUAAAGCUGAGGAAGCAAUUAGAUGUUUUCAUAUGAUUCGAACGGAGAGUUUCAGACCAAAUUCUAUCACGUUCGUUGGUGUUCUGAGUGCUUGUAAUCAUAAAGGUAUGGUUAUAGAAGGUCGUUUAUAUUUUGAUAUGAUGGUUACUGAUUACAAGAUCAACCCUGCAUUAGAGCAUUAUGGAUGUUUGGUUGAUCUUCUGGCCCGUGCAGGGUUCAUCGAUGAAGCUCUUGACCUUGUAUCAACGAUGCCUAUGAGACCAGAUGCCGUCAUCUGGAGAAGUCUUCUCGAUGCUUGUUCUAAGAAGAAUGGAAACAUUGAGCUUAGUGAAGAGUUGGCCAAGCAAGUUGUUGAAUCAGGAGGCAUCGGAAGUGGUGUUUAUGUGCUGUUAUCAAGAGUUUAUGCAUCGGCCGGUCAGUGGGAUGAUGUUGGACUCAUAAGGAAAUUAAUGACCGAUAAAGGUGUAAUGAAAGAGCCUGGUUGCAGCUCAAUCGAGAUCGACGGUGUUACACACGAACUUUUCGCGGGAGAUACGUCUCAUCCUCAAACUAAAGAAAUAUACCAAAUGCUAGAGGUGAUCGAUGAAAAACUUGAAUCGGUUGGAUAUUCACCUGACUAUUCACAAGCACCGAUGAUCGACGAACAUUAUGAAACUAGACACCAUUCCCUUAGGCUGCACAGUGAAAGACUGGCCAUUGCUUUGGGGCUUUUGAAGCUGCAACCAGGUAUGCCACUACGCAUCUUUAAAAACCUUAGGGUAUGCAAUGACUGUCAUGAGGUGACGAAACAGAUAUCCAGAGUUUUCGAUGUCGAGAUUAUCGUACGGGAUCGUGCCCGAUUUCAUCACUUCAAAGACGGCGUUUGCUCAUGCUCGGAUUACUGGUGAUAAUUGUUUCAAGUGUAUAGCUUACAUAAUGUACAUGACAAUGAUUUGUGUGACCUUAUUAACACUGCAUCUGCAUG